GUAAAAAUGAUUUAUAAAAUUUUACAUUUAAUACAAUUUUCUUUUUUAUUCACAAAAUUAUAGAGCCAAACUACAAUUUGAAUUGAAGAGAGAGAGUUGAAUAAAAAAAAAUGAAUAAGAAUGAAUUCACUACAAUUGAUACACAAUAUGCUAACGAACAAGAACAUCAAGGUAUUUCAUCAAUAUUUGCAUCAAGAAGAAAUUUCAUGGAAUGGUUUCGAUCAUUCUUCGAUAGAUCUUUAUUAAUAUAUCAACUGUUUUACUUUUCAUAUUAUGCUGCAUUUGGUUCACUUUUUCCUCUUAUAUCAAUCUAUUUUAAACAACUUGGAUUGAAUGCUUUACAAUGUGGUAUUCUAAGUGGGACAAGAUCAUUAGUCGAGUGUUUUGCAGCACCAUUUUGGACUGCAUUAGCUGAUAAAUGGAAGAAAGGCAAGAUGUUUGUUUUAGUUAGUUUAUUCUUUGCCAUGGCAUUCACACUUGGGUUAGGAUUUGUACGUCCAACACCAGAAGGUUGUUUAGUAAGUUUACCAAAAUCAACAAGAUAUAAUGCUUCAACAAGUGAUGAUGAAGAUGGUUUAAUUUUGAGCAUUAUUCAACCUUACAAAGCAUCAAGAUAUGAUGAUGUUAAAUCUGUUGAUAUGGAUAGAGAUUUAGCGUUGAAAAUCCGUAAUCAAUUAGGACAAUCACCACUUUAUCUAAACACUAAACUAUUAGUAUCUCCACCAAAAAUGAAAGCGACACGUUGGGGUACAGGUGUUGGACAACAGACUGGUGAUCAAAAUCUUUAUGCAAGAACACAAGCCUAUCAUGAUCCUACCCAAUUUCCACCUGGAAGUCUUGUUAUGCCUCUUUAUUCCACAGUUGUUUAUGGUCAAACAAAAAUCAACCAAAUAUUCAUUGUAAUCCUAUUAUUGGUACUUUUUAGUGAAAUUAUGUCAUGUGCUGCUAUACCAAUUGUUGAUGCAGCAGUUUUACAACAAAGUGGAAUAGAUUUUUGUAAUAAUUAUGAAAAACAACGUAUAUUCGGUUCGAUUGGUUGGGCAUUAUCAAUGUUUUUCAUUGGAUUAAUAUUAGAUCAUUCUACUAGUUUUCCUGACUAUCCAUGUUUACAUCCUGGUUAUCGUGAAAAAAAUUACAUGGUAUGCUUUGCAACCUAUUCAGUUUUUAUUGCAUUCGCUUUAUUCAUUGCAACACAAUUCACAUUUCAAUAUGAAGGUGAUUCAGAGAGUAUGUAUUUUAAAUUAGUGAAAGAUAAAAUGGCUAGAACAUUUUUGGGUAGAACAACAAAAAGUCGUUCAAAGUUAGUCAAUGAAGAUGAUGAAGAGGAUGUUGGUGCAAAAGAUUGGAAACCUGACCAAUUACUCCAUGAAAUAGAAACAGGAAAAGUUACUAGCAAAGAAAAAUCUAAACACAGUAAUGAAGAAAUCUUAGAACAACAACUUGGAAUCAAAAUUGUUCAGAAAAAUGAUGGAGUUAAAUUGAAAAGUCAAAAUACAAUGGAUGCACAACAAGAAGAAUUAGCUGCUGCAGCUCAAUUAAAAGUAACAAAUUGGUUUUAUGCAUUGAAACAAUUUCGUCAACCAAGUUUAUUGGCAUUCUUAUUCGUGAUAUGGUUUAUGGGUUUGGGUUUAGGUCAAGUAUUUACAUUUUUAUUUUGGCAUAUGCAAGAAUUAAAUGGUUCACCAACAUUAUUUGGUAUUGCAUCAAUUAUCAAUCAUGUAUCAGAGAUAUUAAUGUAUCAAUUUAGUAAACAAAUAAUUGAUAAAAUUGGUCAUAUAAAAGUUCUGUAUUUGGGAUUAGUUGGUAAUGUGGCAAGAUUUCUUUAUGUCUCUUGGAUCACAAAUCCAUGGUGGAUACUUCCAUUUGAAUUUAUACAAGGUCUUACACAUGCUGGUGUAUGGGUAGCCUGUUGUUCAUAUAUUAUGCAAGCAUUCCAGCCGGAAUUUCGUUCAUCAACAUUAGGAUUUCUUCGUGCAAUACAUUAUGGUAUGGGACGUGGUCUAGGUGCCAUAUUUGGUGGACUUGUUAUAUCUAGUUAUGGAACUCCAACAAUGUUCAGGGCGUAUGGAGCAGCAUCAGCUUUAGUUCUUUUAGGAUUUCUUUUAUUGAACUAUUUUAUGCCGAUCCCAGCGGCCAGUGAGGAAUCAAAUGAAGAUGAUAAAAUGUAUGGACAAAUCUCAUCAGACGGACGUAGUUCGAAUACAGGACAAUUUGGUAAUGUAUUCCAAACAAAUGAAGUAACUCAUGACUAUUAUUUACAAAAUGAACAAAAAUCUAAUCAAUUCCAACGACAACAAUAAUAACAAAUAGUUUAUUCAUCAUUUUAGAUCUAAUAACAUUGAAAAUAUAACUUAUUAUUGUUAAUUAUUAUAAGAUCUAUGAUUUUAUGGUUACUAGCAACAACAAACAUGGCAAUAGUUGGUUGUGAAUGUUAUUUCGAAUAUUUUCUUUUUCUCUCCAAUAGUACAUUACUUCUUUAGUUUUUUCUUAUACAAAAUUAAGUAAUUACAUACUUAAUUCUUUCUUCUUCUUCUUCUUAAAAACCUUCUGUUGAACAUUGAAAAAGAAAAAGCAACUUCAUUAAACAUAAUCUUGAAUAUUUGUACUUAAUUUCCAUAUAAACAAUUUCUUUAAUCAUUUCAAAUUUAUUUAUUUAUGAAUAUAUUGGCUUAU